CUCCUCCAUAGAUCGCUCGAUUUCUUGCCAAUCGGGCGCUCUUUCUUCCUACAUUUCAAUUGUCUCAAUUGCCCUCCAGAUUUAUCCAGAGUUACCCAUUGCACUAGCAUCAUGGGUUGGUUCUGGGGCAACUCCAACGACGACCCCGUCAAAAAGCUUGAUCCCGACUUGCGAGAAUACCUCGAGCAUGAAGCUCCCAAGAAAUACGUCCCAACGACUUCAGUCCCAUCGCAGGGUCCCUCGAAGACAGACGCUCCACAAGCACAAUCCUCACAACCCAAGGCAUCCAACGCUGAACCUUCCGAACCCGCCGUUCCCUCCGCUUCUCUAUUCCCCGAUGGCCGUUACGCGCACCUCUGGAAGACCUACAAGCCCCCCCAGGAAAAGGAAGCAUCGGAGCAAAAGACGGCAGAGCGAGUGAUUGAGAAGUACAAACAGCGCGGUGAUACCGUGCACCGGGCUGCGAUGGAGAAUUGCGCUCUGGAGCAUGAAGAUUUGACAUACUGCUUCCAGACCGGCACCUGGCAGAAACGACUGCAGGCCCGUGUGACGCUGUGCUCUGAGGAAAACGCUAAGUUCUCUCGCUGUUUUACCACCCAGGCUAAAUUCCUCCAGGCCUUAGGAUACGCUUCAUCCUUCGAGUGGGACGGCGAAAAGGAAGAACGGAUUCAGAUGCACGCCGAUAAACUCUACCAUGAGAUGCUGGACUACGAACAACGAGUCGACGAGGCCCAGAAAGCCGGGCUGGAACCCCCGCCGCUCACCUCUCUUUUCAACCCUCAGGCCGAGCCACAGCAAAAGCCCGUUAGUAAACCAGGGACCCUGGAGAUUCCUGGAGGAGAGAAAAUCCCGGCAGGGUUCAAGCCAUCAAAACCGCUGGCACAGCUUACUCCACACGAACGAGAACUGGAGAUCCGAGCACACAAUGCGCAGUUGGAGCAACAGAAGUUGUACGUGCAAGAGGCAUCGCCUUUCAUGAAAUCCCAGGAGGACGCACGGAACAAGCGACGCGACAAAGCCGUCAGCUGGUUCGGCGAGACGAUUGGCCGCUGGGUUACAUAGAGCAUAUGCGCGGUGCUUCCGUCAUGGACUGGAUCUUCCCUUCUCUUGUGUAUGAUUACCCCAUUUGUCACCCUUUCCUUUCCGUAGGAGUUUUGAUUUGAAAGCGAGUCUGCGACAAUCGACGUUGUUACGCAUGGACAUGCAGGACCACGGAUUCCAAUGUGCUUUUUCUUCCAAUAGGAAUGCAAGGGAAAGCAGGUGAAGAACCCUAAAAGUAAAUGCAAG